GUAUGAAUGCCUUAGUGAUGAGCAACGUUUUUCUUAAUAUCGUCUGCAAAAGAGGGCUGAAAUCGAAAUACAGGUCUGUGACGAAGUUAAUAAUGUGUCCAAGAACUUCAAGUGCUCCCAGUCCUUAUUGCUUUCAAAAAUGGAAUAUUUUGCGGAAGUCACCGAAGGGCAAAAGCUGGAAGACAUGGAUAUAUCAGUGCACUGUGAUGUAGCUAUAUUCGAAUGGCUAAUGAAGUGGGUCCAUAGGCCACUGAAAGGAACACGUCCUGUUUUAAGCAUUAACAAUGUGACUCCAAUACUGAUAUCAGCUAUGUUUCUUAGAAUGGAACCUUUAGUAGAUGAAUCUGUUCAUUUUUUCAAGAAAAAUAUCAAAGAAAUUAUUGAAACCACGACCAGUUUAUCUUGUCUUAGUGAUAAUAUAUUGGAGAAAAUAGCAGAUACUUUAACAAAUGUUGAAUUAGAUAGCUUGGAUGAUCCAACGGAUAAAAUACAGUCAAAACUUUUCACAAAAUUCAUCAUAUCUCUUGGGAAGAGAAAAAUAGACAAAAGAAAAGGUCAUUACUCCAGCCUUGCAAGCUUGUACAGAUGUUUUUACUGCAAACAAAUAUUACACGAGGAGCAUGGGCAAUCUCUGCCCUGCAUAUCUGAUCUUCUAGCAAUUGAUUCCUUCGGGGACAUUAGAGGAAGACACAAGGAAGACACUAGUUGGAAUCUCAAUUCCUACAUGAAGCAGUUGAAAAGAGAGUUGAACACGUGGCAAAACGUUUACUGGAAGCUUUGGGGAACAUGCCAUUAUUUACAUUGUGUUAAAUGCAAGAUGAACUAUCCAGUAGUUUCAUCGAUGAAUUGCAGAUAUCAUCCAAAUGCAGCUCACUUCGGCGCACGAUCUGAUUCGAGUAACCUUCUAAUACCUGUAGGUAACUACGUUUGCUGUGGAGCUAAAACUUACCGAUUUGACGUAUUGGGUCUGCCCAACGGUUGUAUGGUAAAAUCACAUGUCCCACUGGAAAACGAAAAUACUAGCCUAUUAGUUUCUAUAUUAGAAAGUAAGAGAAGGAUUAUAUUUGACAGCAGUCAGGUGCUCUGUGCCCAAGAAAAAAAAAUUGAGGAAGUUAAAGAAAUGCAUGGAACUAUGGUUGGGUGUAGUUCUACAUGGAGACCGCUGUCUCGAGGAAAUUAUAUUGAUAAAGUAUAUUCUUUUAAUGAUAUUUUAAAUGCAUUAGAUGAACGGGAAUCUGAUGGUGAUAUUGAGUAUGAUGCAAACUGUACAAGAUCACCAAUAGAUGAUAUGGAUAACGCCAGUUCUGAAAGUGAAUUCAAUGACAUUGCUAGUAUAGGAGAUGGUGAGGAUACAGACGGUUCAUCUUCCUCUAAAAAAUAUUCUCCCCAGAACAAAAGUGAAAAUAAUACUAAAUUAUGGACAAUGCAUCGAUCUAUAAGAUUCAAUCAGGACAAUCAGAGAGAAAGAGAAGAGAAGAUCAUUAAAUGUAUUAUUAAUAAGUUAAACCGCUCAAAAAAUGAUAGCGAGUUUGAUAUAUUUCUGGCCAACAAUGGUUAUGACCCAUACCAUAGCUCAGAUGGUGGAGUCUAUGCAUUUCUGGAAGAAGAAUGGAGGGAUGAAACAGUGCAACCAGAAUUGAACAACCCAUGUUUUGCACCAUCAAGGUCUCCCAAACCAAGAACUACAAAAUAUACAUAUAACUAGUGAAAUGGAGUUCACAGCAUAAUUAAUAAGUUGCCAAAUUCUAAUGUGUUCAAGAAUUAUCUAUAAUAAUAAUAUGAAAUUAAUUUUUAAAAAAAGUAAGGUAUAAUUUUUAAGUUUUAUUUUGUAAACAAUUAAAUAAUUUGAAAAGAACUGAAACAUUGUUUGUUCCUAAACCAAUAUAACUAAAUAAUCCCUAAAAGUUCAAGUAUAAACCUCUAGUAAACAUCUUGAAAAAAAAUCAGAUGUCAGGAGUCAAAUUUAAAAAUUCCAUACAUCAAUGACAUAAUUCAGAUACUUCCAUUUUAUGGGCUGAAAAUUUUGAAUUAGAGUUUUAAAAAAAUUUUACAGCUAACUAUCAAAAAUAUUCAUGCCCCUCAAAACAAGAGGAAUAUUUAUGUACAAGAUAAAAAAUUAAAUGUCUAGAACAGAGGAUGAUAUGGUGUCCGAGAAAUGUCAAUGCAAAGGUACAGAAAGACAGAUGAUCAAUAAAUACAAGUUAUUUACAAAUAUGUACCUGCCUUUAAUCAUAAUUUGACUACUUUCAAAUUCUAUACGUACUAGUUAGGCACCUGAAUGAAAUUUUAGUUAAAUGGCCCGAACUGUGGUAUUGAACUUUGGAAAAGUGGAAACUUCCUUAAUCUUUUAGUGGUGAUGAGCAGGAAGAGAGGUGUAGCAUUGAGGACAGCAUUAGCUAAUAGUUCUCCAUGCCCUGGAGACAGAAUAAUUUACAUCACCUCCUCUCAACACUUUAGCUGUUUUAUUUAGAGAAGUGUUCCAAACUUUUUUAUUUUGUUUUUUUAUCUAAAUUUAAUACAAUUGAUAGCAAGGUCACAGGAUAAUUUGAAAAUAUAAUUUAUCACUGAACAUCCUAUCAUUUAAAAAUAAAGAUCCUGACAGGCUUUCAACUCAUAUAUGAGUAUAAUGUCGUCUGUGCCCAAUUCUUUUUCGACUCACAAUUAAUCCACUAUCGUAAAAGAAUUAAACAUAGCAGAUUUAGUAAUCCCAGGGAAUAGCUACAGGUCCGUUAAUCCAUAAAAAUUUAAUUUUUGUAAUCACUGUUAAAAUGCAGAGUAUAGAUAAUUACUUUGAACCCAGCUCGUUCAAAAUUUAGAUUGAAAUAAAAAGAACACAGUGAAUAACAAAUUAAUAAUUGGUUGAAAAGAAGUUUAUAGUUGGUUUGAAUUGUAUUCAAAACAAUAAUAUCUCAAUAUACAAGAUUUACUUUUAUUAUCUGAGUGCAAGGAAUCUUUAAAAUUAAAUAAAGUUCUAUCAGAAUAAUUAUUAUUGCCUCCACAUUGCAUCAUUCCCAUCCAUUAAUAUAACCAGACAGGUAAUUGGGAUUUGCUGUUUUUCCUUUCUUUUCUUAUACCAAUCCUCAAAAGAUUAUAAUGAAAUUAAAAAUAUUCCAUGCACUCUAAUAUGCUGGAAAAAAAUAAUACAUACCACAGUUGUAUUUACACACCAAAAUUCAAGUAAUAUUUUGAAUGAGGUGGCAUAAACAAUAGGUCUCAAGAAGCAUAUUUGUCUCUUGAAUCAUGAGAAAAAUUCCCUUAAAAUUUAAUUUAAAAUUAUGAAAACCUUUAAGACUGAAUCUCUACAAGUAAGUUUUUCUAAAACUGGAAACAUUAACUUUAAAAAGUUAAUGUAAUUUAUAUGUAAGCAAGAGGCAUCCUUAUCCAUAAAUUCUUACCCCAUUCCCCAAUUCCUUCCAUUCCAACUGACACCAUUCAAUCAACCUCGGUAAUCCUUUCAACUCAGGGCGAGUUGGGCUUCCAUCACACAUUCUCAGCUUUAUACUGUACUCCUGGUAAUUCCCUCUCCUAUAACCUUCUUGAUUCGUUAUUCCAAUGCCCCGGACCACGGUUUAUUGCUGGAGGAGACUACAAUGCAAAACACCAACAAUGGGGUUGUCGAACAUCCAACUCCUGUGGUAACAUCCUAUCUCAUGUCUCAUCUUCCAAUAAUUAUUCUAUCCUCUCACCCAUGAAUCCUAUCUAUUGGCCAACAUUCUGAUAUUCUGGACAUAUUUGUUACCUCCUAGUUUUCCUCUGCCCAUGUCACAAUCAAAUCCCUGGAUGACCUUUCCUCAGAUCAUAGUCCAGUUCUGCUUUCAUUACACUCAAUCAUCGCUUCGAAGCCCUCCUCCCCUCCUACUUUGAUUAAAGGACAAGUAGACUGGGAAAACUUUCGUGAUGAUUUGAAAAACAAACUAGACUUGAAAAUUCCGCUGAAGACAAGACAAGACAUUGACAAAGCCAUAGAAAAACUUAACACACCAAUAGCAAUCAGUAUAAAUGAUAAUACAUCUACCAAUAAAAACAAAAACGUACGACAUAUUAACUUGCCACAACAUAUUCAAAUCUUAUUAAGGGAAAAAUGCAAGAUCGAAGUGGCAAAGGACCAGAUAUUCUACAGAUAAAACUCACUAUAACAAAUUAACUAACAAACUAAAAGUAAAAAUCGUAAAAUUUAAAGCUCAAAAAUUAUUUAACCUAACUGAAAAUCUUACAACUACUGACAAAUCACUAUGGAUGACUUCUAAAAAACUCCUGAAGUUUAAAAACUUUAAUCAUCCACUUCUUACAGAAGUUCAAACCUGGAACAAAUUUGACAAAGAGAAAUAUCUCUUCAAAACCUUCAAUCCACACCCUGAUAUCAUUAAUGCAUUCACUUUGAGUGUAUUGAAGCAGAAUUGGAUAUUCCUCUCCAAAUGAUUCCUCCGCCUAAAGCAUUUCAUCCUUCAGAAAGUCAAUAUCAUUCACAGAUUACCCUUCCGCAAAGCUCCUAGCCACGACCUAAUCACACCCCAGAUCUUAAAACUGCUUCCUUGGAAAGCCAUCCUGUUAGUUACCUGCAUAUAUAAUGCUGUACUCCGAUCCACAUAUUUUACUGACCCCUAAAACUAUCUAUUGUUAAAAUGAUACACAAACCCAAAAAACCAACCAACACCCAUCCUCUUACCAUCCUAUCUCUCUUUUACCUAUCAUGGGCAAAAUCCUGGAAAACUCAUCCUAAAAUGCCUGUACCCUAUUCUAGAUUCUAAUAAUAUAAUCCCUGAUCACCAAUUUGGAUUCCGCACUUCCCAUUCCACUAUCCAGCAAUGCAAUCGUGUGUUAGACGUAGUAUCCUUUGCAUUGGAGCGCAUAAUGUACUGCACGGGAGUCUUUCUCGACGUUGAGCAAGCGUUUCAUAGAGUCUGGCACCUGGGACUGCUGUACAAACUCUGAAAAUUCAUACCACCUACAUACUUCCUCAUUAUUCGUUCCUACCUUACUAAUAGAUACUUCAAAGUAAAUCACUACAAUGCCUAUUCAUCCCUCUUUUUCAGUCUGCUGGUGUGCCUCAAGGUAGUAUCCAAGGUCCUAUUCCUAUUCUUUACACAGUCUAUACAGCUGAUAUCCCAACCCAUCCAAACACUAUUAUUACAACCUAUGCCGAUGACACAUGUGUCCUAUCAGUUCAUAACGACCCAACAAUUGAACCCCAAACCCUUUAAUCCCACAUCACAAACCUUGAAGAAUAGUGUCAAAACUGGAGAAUUAAAAUAAAUUCCAUCAAAUUACCUUUACCCUUCAUCAUAAACCUAUGACUUCCUGUCCUACAGUAUCCUUUAAUAAUAACCCACUUAUCCCUGUUGAACAAAUCCGAUACCUAGGACUCCACCUGGACAAACGUCUAACUUGGAAUCUUCAUACCAGACUGGAACAAGAAACCGCUUGACGCUUCCGACUACUUACUGACCUUUCAGUUAAUUACAAAAGAUUCAUAUACAUGACCAUAAUAAGGACUACUUGGACUUACAGAGUUGAGCUUUGGGGCUCCACUAAACCAUCGAAUUCCUCUCGUAUCCAAUCUUUACAAUCCAAAAUCCUUCAUAAAAUCUUUGAUGCUCCUUACUUUAUAACAAAUAAAAUAAUCCAUAAUGACCUGAAUGUUCCAUAUGUUUCCGAUUUGGCCCAAUCCAGAUAUCUAUCCUUUCAUAAUAAACUUCAGAACUAUCCUAAUAAUUUUGUUUCUAACCUUCCUCCUCGAUCCCUUAUAACCCUCCCAGGUGUCUGAAAAGAAGAUGGUCUCGUGAUCUCCUAAUUUAGAAACUUUAUUAGAGCACUAACAAUGGGUAGAAUAUCUACAAGUCUUGUCAUGUCAUGUAUUUCUCUGUAUUUCAUUUGCUACCCUGACGGCGCUUUGGAUAGAUGGCAAGAGUGCUUGCAGAGCUUGGCUGUGGCGGUUGUGUGUUUGCGACUGCUCGCUAUACGACACCAGUGUUCAGCUGGUCGUGACUUAAUUCAGGCCAGUCAUCUGGUUUAGUGUAUAGAUGAGCAGAUGAAAGCUAUGAGAGUAGGGUGAUGGCCUUCUCCAUGAGCACCGGUCGUGAGCUUGCAUUCUAUUAAGGUACUAUUUCGCUGGCGCGGUCCAGGACCGCGACUGCUCGCGGUUGACCACUGCUGUAGUGGAAUAAAAAGGAACCUAUUUCGCUGGCGCUGCUCGGCAGUCUAGGUAUGACGUCAUAUCUAAGCUGCUCGUAUUUGACUCCUCUUGAAGCAGUGGAGCUGUUGGCGGUUCGGCGGUUGUAGGUUAUGUUAUCAUAUCAGGGCAUUGUUUUGAUGAUAACAGUCACGUCGAUACGUUUUAUUUCCUAUGUUUCUUUCAAGUCUGGCAAAAUUAUAACAAAUAUCGUUUAAAACUGAAACAAUGCAAUAGUAAAUUAUUUUUUUAAGGUUGAAGUAACAAGAUUAUUUAUUUAUUUAUUCCACCAGCAAUAUUUUAAACGAAAUACAGAUAUACCUAAAUCCAAACGAUAUUAAAUGAAUUAAAGAAUCCAACAAAUUUUAUUGUCAGGUAAAUACUAAAAUCCACAUAUUGAAAAAUCGAUUUGUAUUUUUUAUAUAAAGUGGUGAUUUACUGAUUACUAUUGAUAAAACUAUAAAACAUCGCCUGCUGGGAUUUAAUUACAUAUAUAUGAUAUUUUUUACUAAUCAAUUAUGUAUUAAUUACUAUUACUUUUCAAACUAAUAAUAUCUAAUAUCAGAGGGACUUUGAUGAUGAACAUCACAUCGAAAUACUGAUAUUCCUUCUCUUUAUGAACAACAUUUUCUAUUCUUUUUUCAACUCAAAUAAAAAAGCGGUAGUCAGAGAAGUUUAUUAUUAUAGGAUGUUCAUUUUUAUUAUUAUAUUAUGUCCAUCUUUUUAUUUUCGAAGAUACAGCGAAAUGUUCGAAGGUUAUAGGCAGGUUAUAACAACCCCAGUGAGCAGUUUCAGCGAAAUAGCUACUCCAACAGCGGUUGGCAGCGUGGAAUAGCGGUCGCUGUCGUGGACCGCGCCAGCGAAAUAGUACCUUUACCUGUCCUGGCUGUGAGCCUAGGUUGGGAUCGGUUAAGACCUUUGGGUUAGGAACGAUCCCCAGCCAGUGCCCGCACUCCAUAGUAUAGGUGUAAUCGCGCUGUAUCACAUUUGCUGAAUGUAUAUAAAUUGGUACAGUUGUAAAUUUCAUAAAUAAUAAUAAAAAAAGCAAGAGGCAUUACGGAUUCCAUAAAAAAAUCAUCCCACUGUACUUAAAUGUUUAAAAAAGUUACUAAAUUACUGAAUUUACCUCUUGCCCCUCCUCAAUAGGAAGAAAACUCAAUAAAUUCAUCAAAACGUUUUUUCUUUUCAGCAUUCAUGUACUAAAAAAGAUUUAGGAGGAGAGACUUUCAACUGCCAUUUUAUAACAAAAAAUUGUUUGUUUUUUUUAGUAUAAUAAGCAAAGAGUUUUAAAAUUGUUUUAUUUAAUCCAUCUGAUUUUAGUAGAAUGAUGAAAAAAUAAUAUAAAUCAACAUUCUGAACUGUGAUAUUUGAUAAAAUUUACUAUAACAAUGUUGUCCAAUAUAAGAAAUAAAAAUAGAUAGAAAAAACAGUUGGUACGUAUACAAACUUCCAUACAAAAAAAAAAUCCCAUUUGACCAUAUCAAUAGAUCGAUUAAAUACAACAAUAAUUUUAUAUACAUCUAUUAACAACAAUUUAUCUCAUCAGUUGAGAAUAAAUAUACAUCGUAAUAAAUAAAGUAACAAUGUCAACUAAUUUCGUAGCUUUCUUUAUUUUCUGUACCACAUCUGAAAGGAAUUCAUCUUUUUAAUCUUCUUUUGUAGUUGAAGAACACCAUAGAGGAGGGCUUCAGCUGUAGGUGGACAUCCUUUCAAAAAAUUUAAUAAUUGAAAUUAGCUUUUACAGUAAAUAAUAAAAAUGAUACUCAACAAAACAAAAAUUGAAUUAAUUUAUUACAGGAUAUUAUUUAAUACUGUUAUAAAUAAUAUUAUAUGCAUGAACAUAAUAUUAGAAUUCAAUUAUUGAUUAAGUGAAUGUAAUUGAUUUAUGUAAUGUAACAUAUAUUGGGUUAGCUGGAAAAUAAUGCAGAAUUUUGGUUUAA